AUGUGGGAUAACAUGUGGGGUUUAUUGUUGUUAAUUUUAUUCAAUAUUUUACGAGUAAAAAGUGGAUCGCAAUUUAUUAAUUGCCUAGGUAAUUCAAAUUAUCAAGGUAUUCUUGACUAUAGUAAAGACAAUCUCGCUUCAAUGUAUAAUUACGGUUUCACUUAUGGUUGUUAUAAUGGCAAAUGCUCCGGAUUUCCCAGUCCUUUCUCCGAAUUGGAUAUAACUUUUCAGUGUACCAAUCUUAGUCAAUCGACUUUUUGCAUUACUACCGGUUCCAGUACGACUGGCAAUUAUGGAGGUUUAUGUGGAGGAAUAUUGGGUAAUACAAUAGUAUCUAAUUAUUCGAAUGCUAAUGCUUUGAAUGGGUGUCCUUCUCUUAAUGCUGUAGCUAAUGCAUUAUUAAUUGGACCGACUACUGACACGGCUUUCACCUGGUUAUGUUGUGAUAAUACUUUAGGUAGUUGUAAACCACUAAGUAAUGUCCCGAUAAAUAAUGGUUGGGCAACAACAAACUGUGGUCAUGGUAUCUUCUUCAACAGUUUAAUGUGUUUCGCUGAUAAUGGCGGUUGGGCAUGCGCUGGUGGCCAGAACAAUGUAGUGGUUGUCAACAAACAACCAGUAUCUUCUAUGUAUACGGGUAUUAGUUCAACUAGUGUUAACAGUUGCAUAUUACAACUGGGAGGAAUAGGGUUAUCUAAUAACUUACUUUCAAACUCAUCUAAUACCAAUUCUUCAAACUCAUUUUCAAACCCAUCUAAUAAAGGAGAUACAAAGUCAAAUACUGUCUGUGAAAAUAAUAAUGUUAAGCUCCUAGCAACUACUAUUCCUCUAUGUGCUCUUUUAUUUUUAGCUAUUAGUUUAGUUUUUUAUUAUCGACACAAACACAAGAGAUCGUUGGUAUAUUCUAAUACUCAGGAAACCAAAGGCCACCUAUCUCAAGUAGUGAAAAGUUCUGGAUAA